AAAAUAUUUGGACAUAAUUUAUGCUUGUUUUAAUUAGUUUUGGUCUAGUGUAUGCUGAUAAUUGCAAUUGUAAAUAUGUGGUCUAGACCAUCACAGAUAAACAUGCAAAAAAUUUAUAUAAACAAUAAUUAAAUAUUCUUUGAAAGUAGCUUGUGUCAAAUCAAUACACUGCAUGCAAAAUAUCCAAACACGUUGUUCAAAUGCGUGUGUGAAAAUUAAUAUAAUUGUACAUGUUUUACUGGAAGAUUAUAUGUUGGAAUAUGUGAUCGAAAAGACCGGGAAUGAGAGAAAAAUUUUAACAAUGUCCAGGCAAAGCGUUCUCCAACCCGUUGACGUGAAUAUAGACAGAUCGCCCGCAAGGAAACGUGCGAGGUACGAUGACGAUUUGGACUCGAGCUGGAGUUUGAAUAAAAGUGACGUUGUUUUACACGAAAUUUAUGACCAAGGAAUCGGACGACUAGAUUGUGAUACUGAAGAGGUGCUCACAGAUGAUGAUACCAUUUUCUGCAAAGAUGAACCACAGGCCAUCAAUGUUUCCUGUGUGUCCAUGUCACCAAAUACUAAAGUUAAGCAAUUAGCUGUACUUGAGUCAACUUUAACCAAAGAAGCCUUAGAUAAGUUAUGUAUGGGAGAAUGGGAUAAUUUAUUAGUCAAAAAACCAAUAAUGAAAGCUACUGAUAAAACCAAUUAUUUUAACUCCCUCUCUGAUGAGGUCAUCCUACACAUUUUGAGGUGGUUGCCCCGCUCAUCACUAAGGGACAUUGCUCUAGUGUGCCGGAGAUUCUCCAGACUAACACAUGAUGAGAGUCUCUGGACCAGACUGGACAUGUCCAACAAAACUCUCCCACCAGGUGUACUGGGCACAAUUGUGGCUAAACAAGUGGUAGUUCUGAGGCUGGCCAAAAGUAAAAUAUGUGAUCCAGCAAUUGAACCCACAAGUAUUGUCGCAAAUCCAGACUUCCAGUCCAGAUUGGUUUACUUAGAUUUAAGUAUGACUUACAUAAGCACUGAAACUCAGACCAGUUUAUUCAGCAAAUGCAGGAGGCUGAAAAAACUGAGUAUGGAAAAUGUGCCUGUGAAUGAUGAUGUAUUGACUGCUUUAUCUGGCAAUAAGGACUUGGAAGUUAUUAAUUUUGCCAUGUGUACUGGUAUACAGGAAGAGGGACUGAAGUAUUUAAUUAACAAUUGCAGGAGAAUCAGAGAACUGAAUAUUGCAUGGACUUAUUUAAAUAGUAAGUGCAUACAGUAUUUGUGUGAAAAUUUACCAUCUUCUAUGGAUAGACUUAAUUUUUCUGGAUGUAGAAAAUUAAUAUGUGAUAAGAAUGUAUCAGAUUUAGUAUCCAGUUGUCCAAGACUGAGAGAGUUAGACUUAUCAGAUUGCACAGUUAUAACAGGAGAGAGUGUCAGACAAAUAGCUCUUCUGGAGGAUAUUAAUUGUCUCGCCUUAUCUAGGUGUUACUCCAUUCAAUAUAAAUCUUUAUUGUAUUUGAAGAAGUCGAGGAAUUUAGCGUUUCUGGAUAUCCAUGGUUUCAUAGAUCGUACGGAAGUUAGAGCUAUACAAGAUGGCUUGGGAUCACAGGUGCAACUCAACAAAUUUAUUUUUAGUUCGGUAGCCCGGCCGACAGUCGGCAUGAGGAGGACCAGUAUUUGGAACAUGAGAGUUCGAGAUUGAUUGAUUAACCUUUACUUGUUUAUCAAAAUUGUGAUUUAAUGUUAAGUUUUGUUAAAAUAACGAGAUAAUGUUAUGUUCAUGAAUAUGGGUAUUAAUCUAAUUUCAUUUCAGUUUUGUAAACACUGCCAUAUUUUUUGAUCUUCUAAUUUAUAGUUUAUUUAUUGAGAGAUGUUCUUGGCUUGCGGGGACGUGAACGAUUCGUCUCCUCAAAGUUCAAUGGGAGUGUGGAUGAAAUUUUGCUAUUAAUUUGGUGAUUUGUAUAUAUUUAAGGCUGGUGUCUACCUCAAAUGCAAUGUUCCCUGGUCCUUGUUCUUUCAAUAAAAUUAUUAUACGUA